AUGCCUCGUUGGACCUUUGAGCUCGCCCCUGGCACAAUCUCCAAGGAGGAUAAGGCCUAUCUCGCCCAAAAGAUUACAGCCCUGUACACCGAUAACUACAACAUUCCUACAUUCUGGGUCAAUGUGUUCUUCCACGAGAAUGGUGAAGGCAAUUUCUGUAGCGGCGGCAUAACGCCUCCUAAUGCCGUCUUUUUCCAUCUCGACCACGCGGCCAGCAAGAUCGAAACCGAGACUCGCCGGCAAGAGUUUAUUCAAAAAGUGAACGCCAAUGUGAAGCCUAUCUUCGAUGCCAAAGGUAUCAAGUGGGAGUACAACAUCUACGAGCACCCGAGGGAUAACUGGAGAAUCAAUGAUAUGAUUCCUCCGAUGGACUUUCCUGAAGUCCUGAAAGAAUGGGUUGAAAGGAUCAACCUAUUCCUUACAAAAGAACAAGCAGCUAGAUUUGAGCUGUUCGGUGAUUGA